AUGGCCCGGCGCCCGCCCGACCAGGGCUAUCCAGCCACACUCCUGGGCCACUUCCGGCUCCCACGACCACCCUCCCCGCUUCCCCAGAAAUGCAGCUACUUCCAGAAACCUCCCAGUGGCUGCCUGGCGGCCCCCCAGGUCCUGGAUGUGGGAGGAGAAGAGGGGGCUGCGGGCCUGGCCCCUCGGGGCACCUCUCCAGGAAGCACCCUGGGCCCCCGAGUCUCAGGCCGUGCCCAGCGCUGGGCCCGUAGGCCACACUCCGGCAUGCGGGGAGCAGAGCGGGUGCAGCCUUGGGGGGGGGGGCGCUGGCUGAUUCCUGCCCGUCCCCACCAGCUUUCGGAACGGUACGGGCCGGUGUUCACUGUGCACUUGGGGCGCCAGAAGACGGUGGUGCUGGCCGGCUACGAGGCUGUGAGGGAGGCCCUGGUGGGCACCGGGUCAAAGCUGGCCGACCGACCCCCCGUCGCCAUCUUCCAGCUUAUCCAGGGCGGUGGGGGAAUCUUCUUCUCAUCGGGGGCACGCUGGAGGGCCGCCCGCCAGUUCACUGUGCGCACCCUCCAUGACCUGGGCGUGGGGAGGGGGCCCAUGGUCGACAAGAUCCUGCAGGAGUUGAGGUGCCUCAUGGGGCAGCUGGACAGCUACGGAGGCCGGCCCUUCCCCCUGGCCCUGCUCGGCUGGGCCCCCUCCAACAUCACCUUCACACUCCUCUUCGGCCGGCGCUUCGACUACCAGGAUCCCGUGUUCGUGUCCCUGCUGAGGCUUAUCGAUGACGUCAUGGUCCUCUUGGGGACCCCCAGCCUGCAGCUGUUCAACAUCUACCCCUGGCUCGGGGCUCUCCUCCAGCUGCACCGGCCUGUCCUUCGGAAGAUAGAGGAGGUGCGAGCCAUCCUGAGGACCCUCCUGGAGACGCGGCGGCCCCCCGCCCCCGGGGCAGGCCCCGUGCAGAGCUACAUGGACGCCCUGAUCCGGCAGGGCCAGGGGAAAGACCCCCACGGCCUGUUUGCCGAGGCCGACAUGGUGGCCUGUGUUCUCGACAUGGUCAUGGCCGGCACAGAGACCACCUCCGCCACGCUGCAGUGGGCCGCCCUCCUGAUGAGCAGGCACCCGAGUGUGCAAGGCCGGGUGCAGGAGGAGUUGGACCGGGUGCUGGGGCCCGGGCGCCCCCCCCGGCUGGAGGACCAGCGGUCACUGCCCUACACCAGCGCCGUGCUGCACGAGGUCCAGCGCUCCAUUACUCUCCUGCCCCACGUGCCGCGGUGCAUGGCGGCUGACACCCAGCUGGGCGGCUACCUGCUCCCCAAGGGCACACCCGUGAUCCCUCUGCUAAGCUCGGUGCUCCUGGACAAGACGCAGUGGGAGACCCCUCGCCAGUUCAACCCGGGUCACUUCCUGGACGCCGACGGGCGCUUUGUGAAGCGGGCAGCCUUCCUGCCCUUCUCUGCAGGCCGCCGCGUCUGCGUGGGGGAGAGCCUGGCCAGGUCGGAGCUGUUUCUGCUGUUCGCCGGCCUCCUCCACAGGUACCGCCUGCUGCCCCCACCGGGCCUCAGCCCUGGCGCCCUGGACACCACGCCCGCCCCGGCCUUCACCAUGCGGCCGCCAGCACAGGCCCUCUGCGCGGUGCCCAGACACGGGGGCUCUGCCCAAGCAGACCCGGGGAGGGUCUGA